GCGUCAGGGCAUCGGUGCACAGUAGUUCCUUAGAAAACGGAGGGAACUUGUGUUGCCGUUUGCCUUUUUCUCUUUUCCACCGCCGAACGUAUUUACGAGUCUUUUGAAGGAUACGCAAAGUAUCAGAAACAGAAUGCCCGACACAUCCAAUAAGGAUUUGCCUGGCCAACCUCUGGAGCGCCGGGACACUAUUGUCCAUGAACACCCCGAAGAAGCCACUGAUCGACCCAUCACGAGGGUGGUGGUCAUCGCAUUGGAUAGUUCCAAAAGCAGUGAUUAUGCCUUUAACUGGGCUCUAGAGAAUUUUUUGUCUCCUGAGAAGGAUUUGUGCGUUUUGGUCAAUGUAAGGCCCAUUGCAGCCGUGCCGGGGCCGUUUGGAACAGCGUACAUGGAUUUUACUGAUUAUGUGGUUCAAGUUGAGGAGCGGUACCGAACGGAAUCUCAUGCCCUCCUCCAACGAUACGCCUCGCUUGUAAAAAAGCGCAAGAUUGCGGUCAAAGCCAUUGCAAUGCGUGGUGACCCCCGUGAAGAGCUUUGUCGCAAAGUGGAAGAACUGGAUGCAGAUGCAUUUAUUCUGGGGUCAAGGGGGCUGGGCACACUUAAACGUGUCAUUUUGGGUUCUAUCUCUGAUUACUGCGUUCAUCAUGUCAAGUGCCCUGUCUUGAUCAUAAAGAACAAGGAUGCGGGGAACGGGAAGGAAGAACGACCCGUGGAAGGCAUUGUCGCUGCUGAGGUCCCCCCUGCCUCGAACCCUCGUUAAGGGUUAGACGGCUGGUAUUGAGAUUUGUGGAUGUGUUUGAAAAGCACGAUCAGAGGUCGGUUGAUGCCAUCUUUAUAUGUAACCAAUUGCCAGUAUAUGUUGAAAUGUAGAAAAAAGUUCAAACCGCUGCUGGUAUGAUCAUCUGAAUCAAAGAUCAGACAUAGAGAUGGCCUGUGUACGGUAGUAGGAGGCGUCGCCGAUGUGGGUGAUUCUAUAGAGUGUGCAGUGUCCCGAGACUGCAGUCAUUGGGACGAAAAGCGAGGAGAAAAUAACUUUG